AUGAGCUUCGACUCUGCUGUCUUCAAAAGUUCGCAGGCAGAUCGGGCAGUCAAGCGAUUCGAGUAUGUUGCUGCCCUUUUAUGUGGACCAGAGAACAUGUCCUCCACUCUCUUGUCGCUUGCGACAGCAAGCUUCGAAGAUCUUGCGCAAAUAUGGUCUUGGAAUGCAACAGUUCCCGAAGCGGUAGACUCUCGAAUUCACGAUAUUCUGCUGCCAUCUAUCCGAUCUCGACCUGAGGCAGUCGCAAUUCAGGCUUGGGAUGGCAAUGUCACGUACGCGCAGCUAGUGCAGGAUGUGCGGUCGAUCCGGCCCAACCAGAAGAUAGGCUGCGGCACAUCAUCGAGAUCACCGCCCCGAAGCGCAGCACAAGCAGGUGUGGCCCAGACUCUAGCAUCGGACGACGUAGGCAUUUUCGUUGUCAGCGAGGCAUCCUUGGGUGCCCUGGACUUUACUGUACACCCCUCGAUGUCGAGCUGCCGCAUGGCAGCGCAGAAGACCUACUAUAUGUUCUAUAUUCACUUCAGGCACAACGGGCAAGCCCAAGGCUGGGCAGGUCACACAUCGCAACUUUUUUAG